AUGGAGGUGGCUAUGGUGGACUUUGAGAGUCUGGACGACAUUGACAGCAGCCUGGCAUCCCCCAAUAAUUUGGCCGUGCCUCAGUCGCCCCUCAUGCCAGCCCACAGCAGGAGGGGGCACCCUAGAUGUGCCAGCAUCAUCACCAACUGGCAGAAGUUGCUUAAUAGUGAGACCCAGAUGCAGAGCGAGACCAUCUUCAGCCAGCUGGCUAAGGAGUGCUGUGAGGAUCUGUUUGUGGACAAGACAGGUCUAGACGACGGAGGCCAAAAGGUCAUCAUCAACAUCGCCGGGCUACGAUUCGAGACGCAGCUCAAAACCCUCAACCAGUUCCCUGAGACCCUUCUGGGGGACCCUAGGAAGAGGGUGGACUACUUUGACCCCAUGAGGAACCUGUAUUUCUUCGACAGGAACCGGCCCAGCUUUGAUGGCAUCCUGUACUACUACCAGUCAGGAGGGAAGAUCCGUCGGCCGGCCAACGUUCCACUGGAUGUGUUUGCUGAUGAGAUCGUCUUCUAUGAGCUGGGGAGCGACGCCAUGGAGCAGUUCAGAGAGGACGAGGGCUUCAUCAAGGAAGUGGAGAUCCCUCUCCCGACCAAUGAGAUGUAUCACCAGUUCUGGCUGCUGUUCGAGUACCCCGAGAGUUCCAACGCAGCACGCGGCAUGGCGCUGGUCUCCGUGUUUGUCAUCGUUAUCUCCAUCAUCAUCUUCUGCCUGGAGACGCUGCCGGAGUUCCGGGAAAACUCCCUGGACCCCGUCCUACCCACCACCGUCACGCAUCUGAUGCCUUUGGAUGGGAGCCAAUCGCUGAGCGGCCUCGGGACCUUGUUUCUGCCCUCGGCCAAGCCCAAAACUAUCACCUCGACGUUCUCCGACCCGUUCUUCAUCAUCGAGACGGCCUGCAUCGUCUGGUUCUUCUUCGAGCUGGCUGUGCGCUUCGUGGUUUGUCCCUCCAAGAGCGACUUCUUCCACAACCUCAUGAACAUCAUCGACAUUGUCUCCAUCAUCCCGUACUUCGUCACCUUGGUAACAGAGCUGGUCACCACCCCGGACCAGAACUCCAGCCAGGCAAUGUCUCUGGCCAUCCUUCGUAUCAUCCGCCUGGUCAGGGUGUUCAGGAUCUUCAAGCUGUCCAGACACUCCAAGGGGCUCCAGAUCCUGGGCCAGACACUGAAGGCUAGCAUGCGGGAGCUGGGCCUGCUCAUCUUCUUCCUCUUCAUCGGAGUCAUCCUCUUCUCCAGCGCCAUCUACUUCGCCGAGGUGGACGAGCCCAGCACGCAGUUCGUCAGCAUCCCCGACGGGUUCUGGUGGGCUGUGGUCACCAUGACUACAGUGGGCUACGGCGACAUGUGCCCGAUCACCAUGGGGGGAAAGAUGGUGGGGACACUCUGCGCCAUCGCUGGCGUGCUGACCAUCGCCCUGCCCGUCCCCGUCAUCGUGUCCAACUUCAACUACUUCUACCACCGGGAGACGGAGGCAGAGGACAAGCAGCCGAUGGCCAUGAAGGCCUCAGGAGACAGUAAACAUGGGAGUAGCACCUCUCUGAACAAGACCAACGGGACCUGGCAGGGAAACUAGCUCACUGGCCUCUGAGACAUGGAGACUGACAGUGGAAGAGACAGACUGGGACAGAGACAUUAUGGAGACUGACUGAUCUUUCUACAGAGAUCCAUAGACUGGUAUUGUCUAUUCUAACACUGUAGAAGAGACAAUGUGGGACAGACAGACACAGACAGACUUACCUGUCCACCGAUCCACUGUGAGGACAGACAGAGUGACCUGUCCAUUAUGGAAGGUAGCAACUGAGACAGAGAAAGACUCUCCUGUCCUCGGGGAGAAAGACAUAAAAUCCCCCCCUGUGGGAAGACACGGUGAUACCUGCCCUUUACUGUUAGAUAAAGACAGUCGUGAAGCAUUUUUUUAAAGUGAGAAAAAGUGUUCGGUUUGCUAGGAGAUCAGUAAGCAUGGAGUCCUGUGUAGCUUUUAAUAAUAAUAAUAAUAAUAUAUGCCAUUUAGCGGACGCUUUUAUCCAAAGCGACUUACAGUCAUGUGUGCAUACAUUCUACGUAUGGGUGGUCCCGGGAAUCAAACCCACUACCCUGGAGUUACAAGCACCAUGCUCUACCAACUGAGCUACAGAAGGACGAUGAUUCUUUGAGUGACUGUUAACAACUUAAUUCCCAUAGUAACAGUGUUGUACUACUAAUGUAUGAAAUACAUUAGUUUUAUCACUAUCAAACAUCUCGUAUCCCACACGAAAACAUUCAGAUCAAUUUAACUAAUAUCAUAACUAUCAUAUGGUAGACUGUCUGGAUUGCGUUUGUUUAAAUGUAUUUGUUGAUAUGUUUAUUUGCGUAUUUUGAUAAUUAUAUGAAUGUGGAAUCUAUUACUGUAGAACAUUAAUACAUUCACAUUAACGGAUUACAUUCUCUAUAUAGUGCAUUACUACCAGGGGAGUAACGGAUUACAUUCUCUAUAUAGUGCAUUACUACCAGGGGAGUAAUGGACUACAUUAUCUAUAUAGUGCAUUACUACCAGGGGAGUAAUGGAUUACAUUCUCUAUAUAGUGCAUUACUACCAGGGGAGUAAUGGAUUACAUUCUCUAUAUAGUGCAUUACUACCAGGGGAGUAAUGGAUUACAUUCUCUAUAUAGUGCAUUACUACCAGGGGAGUAAUGAAUUACAUUCUCUAUAUAGUGCAUCACUACCAGGGGAGUAAUGAAUUACAUUAUCUAUAUAGUGCAUUACUACCAGGGGAGUAAUGCAUUACAUUAUCUAUAUAGUGCAUUACUACCAGGGGAGUAAUGAAUUACAUUCUCUAUAUAGUGCAUCACUACCAGGGGAGUAAUGGAUUACAUUCUCUAUAUAGUGCAUUACUACCAGGGGAGUAAUGGAUUACAUUCUCUAUAUAGUGCAUUACUACCAGGGGAGUAAUGGACUACAUUAUCUAUAUAGUGCAUUACUACGAGGGGAGUAAUGGAUUACAUUCUCUAUAUAGUGCAUUACUACCAGGGGAGUAAUGAAUUACAUUCUCUAUAUAGUGCAUUACUACCAGGGGAGUAAUGGAUUACAUUCUCUAUAUAGUGCAUUACUACCAGGGGAGUAAUGAAUUACAUUCUCUAUAUAGUGCAUUACUACCAGGGGAGUAAUGGAUUACAUUCAGAAAGUAACCUACCCAACCCUGACUCCCAAAUGGCACUCUAUUCCCUAUAUAGUUGAAUAAACGCUUGGAGGAUGGCAGCAGUGGUUUAGUCUACGGCGAUACGGACAUCCCUUAUUAUUGACAUCUACAUGUGAAGCAGUGGUCCAAGGCACUGCAUCUCAGUGUCACUAUAGUACCUGGUUCGAAUCCAGGUAGUAUCACGUCCGGCCGUGAUUGGGAGUCCCAUAGGGCGGCUCACAAUUGGCCCAAUGUCCGUGUUUGGCCAUCAUAGUAAAUAAGAAUUUGUUCUGAACUGACUUGCCUAGAAACAAAAAUAUUGAAAUUAUAUGUAGUCCGCCUGAACACCAGUCCUGGUAUUGAGAUCACAACAUAGAAGCCAGAGUCCUCCCCCCCUUCUGUCUCUGUCUCUCUCUCGUCGGGGCAGCAGUAUGGAACUUUCCCCUUCUGUCUCUGUCUCUCUCUCGUCAGGGCAGCAGUAUGGAACU